GAACAGCCGCGCUAGCCGCUUAGUUUCAGAAAGUCCGCAGCUUUAGCGUCGGACGCACGCGGGUACUGCAACGCGAUCGAGUUGUGUGCAUACGUUACAUAUUAGAAUUUUUAAACGAGUGAUUUUUUCCCGCACUAUAAGGUUUUUGCUGGCAGGUCGUCGGACAACCAACGAUGCAGAACUUCAUAAGAUCGGCAACCCUGCUGCUCGCUGCAGCAGCCGUAUGCGCCGCGCCCGCAUCCUCGCCCGACGAGAACCAAACCUUGGACAGGAAAGAGCCGACCACGCACGAGCUACUGAGCUCUCUCGGCCUCAAGAAGCUGAGAAUACCCGCCGCCCACCACAGGAAACGCUUAGCCGAGCAAGGCAGACGACACACGACCGGCGAUUCGAGAAUGUACGUGAUAAAGCUGCCGCCUAACAUGAACUAUUACAGUCAUCCUGACCCCGCCCCUGCCGCGGCUAGAACGCUGCCUCUACAGAUGAGAAGCAACGGCAAACCAGCCCGAGUCUACCACUGGAACCUCCCAGUCAUACAGAAGCUAGCGAAGAACCGCCCCCAAGCUAGAUUCGACGACGACGUUGUCAACGUUGAAAGCACCCCGACGUGGCCGAAACAUCCGAACUCCAUCGACGCAUUGGCGUACUACGUGCCCUCCAAAAAGUCCUCGUUCAGAAAAUAUUUCUCCGGCAACGGCAAACCGAAGUCGUUUUACGUGAUCGAAAAGGAUAAGAGUUCCGCUGAGUACCACAGAUUAUUGCCGUAAUUUUUGUUAUCUGUUGUAAUUUUAUUUUUUCUUCAAUAACGAACGAUGUUUUAAAAAAUCAGAUCAUUGAUUUUCGAUUUUGUAAUAUUUGUAUUGAAUAAGAUCUCGUUUAGUCUACAUAUAGUGAUAUAAAUCACACAGCUGUUAGUUUUCUGUACUUACACAUUCAUAAUAAAAACUUUUUUUGAGAAUUAGUAAUGUAAAGCUCCUGUUCACAUAACAUAAUAUUUAAUUUGUUAAAAAAUAGUGACCAUUUCUAUUGCAUUCACAAAAUGUACCUAUACUUACAGCCAGUUUCUAAUUGUAAAGCUAAAGUAACAGUAAAAGUAGUAAGUAGUAAAGAAGACUUUAUUUUUUAGUGAAUAAGACCGUAACUUUUGAUUUACGACGUUACUUUGACUGUUACUUGCGAUGAAGAAACUGGCCGUUACUAAGUAAUAUAUGUAUGAGGCUGUCCUAACCCUCUAACAAAAAGUGUUUUAAGUAUAGAACAGUCUCAAAUCCAUAAUUAUGAUCUUGAAUGUGUCCUUUCUAUUAAACUCACUUCAGUCGUACGUCAUACACAAUUGUAGAACAAACAUAGAUAGUGCUUCGAAUCGAAAUAGAAAAAUAUUCAUGUUUAAAGAAAAGGCCAAUAUUCUGUAUUUCUUUUGUAUAAAAAAUAAUAGUCUGUAAUUAAUUAUUAUUAUUUUACUUCAUUUCAGUAGGUACAAGUACAUACAUACAUUUUAUUUCAGAUUUACAUAAUUGUAAGUUAUGAAUCCAAUUAUUCAUCAUGUAAAAAAAUAUUUGGGAUUGAUUUGAUUAUUUUUAAUGAAGAUUUAAUGAAGUUUAGAAUUUGAAAAAAAUAUUUGAUAUUUUGUGAUUAUUUUUCAAGUUUAGAUUUCAGAAUCAGACAUACUAAACAUAAUUAUUAAUGAAUUUAAAUAUCUUUAAUUCACUUUUCUGAAAAAUUUCUAAAUAUUAGUCAAUUCAGUAAAUGUAUAUUACCUUGCGGGUGUGGCGUGUGGAUGACAUUAAAGUGAAAAAUUAAUAAAGGUGAAUUAUUUAUUUGUGUCGUUAAAAAUAUAAAUUGAUAUGAGCAAAAAUCAGACACAUUUUUAACCAUGACUAUGUUUAUGAGACUUGCUUAUAAUUCAACAGUGUAUCUUUAUUGCACCACCUUAUCCCAAUAACUGAUAAAAUAAGUAAUAAAUAAUUUCAUUAAAGUAUUCAUAAUAAUUACUAAUAUUUUUUUACUUACAUAAUAUAAUACUGUUCCAUGCUUUAAGUAGGUAGGUAUAUAAAUACAUAAUACUAUACAUAACUGGACGUAUACUUUUAUUUUUUUAAAUAUGUGUCUAAUAAUAAGUAUUAAGUUCCGAGAGGUUAUAGGUAGUUUUUAAUGUUUAAGGCUGAAUAUUUGUUAUCAUAUUAUAUAAUGCCGAUUUGGUUAAUUAUUAUUAGAAUGUUUCACCUUCAAGAAUUCGUUUCGCUCUAAAUUACCUUCAACCUCUCGAGCCAUUAUAGAGUAUCAACUCCUGUAAAUAAAUGCUAUGCUUAAGUACUAAGGUUAAGUAAUCGAUAGGUGCUUAGAUAUUUUAUUAAGACUGCAUCACGAAUUUAAAUUAUUAUGUAGAGUUAAGAACAUGAUGCUACAAAUAGAAUAAUAUUCCAUGUAUACUUCCAAAAUAGAGACAAAUUGUUGUACUUUUGAAACUAUAAGUACUUACCUAAACAAAACCUAAGAUAGGCCUAAAGAUUUUAUUCUAUUAGAUAUGCCUUUAACGCGUCGAAACUGAGGCGAACAAAAGUGGCUAAUUGUCCUAAUUUCAUUUAGUCACGUAGUUAACAACGAAAGUUAUUCAGACAAAUAUUACCUAAAUAUUGUCUACAAUGACGAGUUGUAUGUUCAGGAAGUAUAAAAACUAAAUAUAUUAUAAAGAAAGUAAACACAAAAUAGGUAAAUGAGUGCGCUCAGUGGAGUAGCUAAAUUCGGAUCACUUUUCGCAGUGAUUUUGUCAGCACGUAACACAUCUAUUGCAUAAAAUAUCACUGAUUGUAGGUAUAAUUUGGGUAUCAUGUCUCUAUUUUGGAAUAUUGAGGCUCUGAAAUGCAUUUACUUAACUGGUCAAGUUAUUGUUUAUAAAUUUACUUGUACCUAUUAGAUUUUUAUUAAAAGCUUUAUAUAACGUAUCUAACCUUUAUCAGAUCCUUUAGCAGAGGACAACUGAGGCAGCGGAUCGAAAAAGUCAGUGUAUUCGUACUUUUAUAUAAUUAGUCGUAGGUAUUUUGUAAUUUGUUUAAGUGAUUUUAUACAAUAAUAAAAUGUAUUUGUACAACAAUUUAAUAAAAAUAUAAAUGUACCUACACCAUCA